CAGCCCCCAAACCAACUUGUCCCCAGCAACUCCAUCUUCCCAGUCCCCCCCCCCGUCCCCGUGCAGAGACAUCAGGCAAAGUCUUGUUUUUUCCUGUGGCAUUUCCAGUGACAGCUGCGGGGCUCCGUUCCCUGCACUGUCGGAGAAAGGCAGGAAGCAAAGUUUGUCGGGAGCCUCGGGGUGACUUUGCCUCGGGGACCCCUUUUGUGCCUCGGUGUGCGCGGAGCUAGUUUCCAGUUUCCCGGGCAGUGGGUGCCAGGCGCCCGAGCCCCUCUGGUGAUUUGUUAGGAAAGUGAUGACAUGAACUAGUAGCGGAGAAUUGCAGGCGCCUGUUCCCCGCCCUGGAGAGGGGGGGAGCCCCGGAGAGCUUGUCAGUGAGAGCCAGAAGCAGGCUCCCGGGCUCAGCACCGUUAAAGCCCGCAAGGCGGGAUCCGGGGGCAGCGCGCCGGUCCGGGCACAGGGGCUCGGGAGCUGCGUGGAUGCCGCCCUGUGACCGCCGAGAUGAGGGAGCAGCCGUUAUUUGCCUGGCCCUGAUUCUCGAGGCUGUCGUGGCUGUGGAAUGCGAAAGCCAGGACAUGAUGGAACCAGGGCUUGAGGAUCCUCUCACGAUGCCGGAGGAAAGUUGUCUCAGGCAGACCCCGCAGAAGAUUCCGUACCGGGACCUCCCUCACCUGGUCAACGCUGACGGGCUGUACCUCUUCUGCAAGUACUGGAAGCCGACUGGCACACCCAAGGCCCUCAUCUUUGUGUCCCAUGGCGCUGGGGAACACUGCGGCCGCUAUGAUGAGCUGGCUCAGAUGCUGGUGGGGCUGGGGCUGCUGGUGUUCGCCCACGACCACGUUGGCCACGGACAGAGCGAAGGGGAGAGGAUGGUCGUGUCUGACUUCCACGUUUUCGUCAGGGACGUGCUCCAGCACGUGGAUAUCAUGCAGAAAGACUAUCCCGGGAUCCCUGUCUUCCUUCUGGGCCACUCCAUGGGAGGUGCCAUCGUCAUCCUCACAGCCGCAGAGAGGCCAGGCCACUUCUCUGGCAUGGUUCUCAUUUCGCCUUUGGUUCUUGCCAAUCCUGAGUCGGCCACCACUUUCAAGGUCCUUGCUGCAAAAGUUCUCAACCUUGUCCUGCCAAACAUGUCCCUGGGCCCGAUUGACGCCAGCAUGCUCUCUCGGAAUAAGACGGAGGUCGACCUUUAUAACGCAGACCCCCUCAUCUGCCGGGCAGGGCUGAAGGUAUGCUUCGGCAUCCAGCUUCUCAAUGCCGUCUCACGGGUAGAGCGGGCCCUCCCCAAGCUGACGUUGCCCUUCCUGCUGCUCCAGGGCUCUGCUGACCGCCUGUGCGACAGCAAAGGAGCCUACUUGCUCAUGGAGUCCUCCAAGAGCCAGGACAAGACACUUAAGAUUUACGAAGGUGCCUACCACGUUCUCCACAAAGAGCUUCCUGAAGUAACCAACUCCGUCUUCCGUGAAAUCAACAUGUGGGUCUCUCAAAGGACUGCGGAGACAGAGAGGGGGUCCCCGCCCUGAGUGCCCUGGCCCCGGGCCAUCCACAGUCAGAGAAGCGGGCAGAGGAAGGGCAGAAGCUGGCUUCUCAGAUGUGGCUUGCAAAAAAAAAGAAAAAAAUCAUAAUUGGAGGAAUCCCUAGCAUAAUUUACUUAAAAAAAAAAAUUUCUUGUGGCGUUAGGCUGUUUGCCACCAGGUCUACCUUAAGAGGUAGAUGCUGUCUGCAAACACAGGAAAGGGUCCCAGGCAGUCUUCCAGAGAGGGGGGAAGGUGCGGAGUGUCCCAAGAACACAGCGAAGCCUCUGCCCGCCUCUCCCGGCUCCCAGGAGGUUCCCAGGAGCUCCUGGUGGUCCCGGGAUGCCUGACCGCAAUAACUGGGGGAUACUCCCCUCCUGCCCACCCUCCGGCCCCCACCCCAGCGCCCCUCUCCUCUGGGCCUCGCCCAGUGGCUCUUCUCUGGCCGUGGGAUGGGGUGGCCAGCCUCAGCUCCCCCAGGCACACUCCCGUGCCCUCUGAGACCCAGAAAAUUCCGUAUGUCCUCAAAAUGAGUAGCCACCUGACCCAAGGCAGUUCCUGUCGGCAGGAGGCUUGGCCCAGAGGAGGACUAGGCGGGAGAGCCUUCCUCCCCUCCCUCCUCCAGGGCAGCCCGAGGCCACCCCAAGUGCCGUGUGUAGUCAGGGGCUGCCUUUCCACCCCUGACUCAUUCUACCUGCCACAGCGAGAGGACAAUUGUACUAAAGAUGAAAUGUCUAAUAUAUAAUGUAUAUUCUGAAACAGAGACUAUCUGCGUGGGUGGGUAGGUGGGUGGGACAAGGGGGCCUGAAGGCGCAGGGGCCCCUGGGAGGCAGGGCAGGCGUCAGCAGGGGCAGCAGCAGGCCUGUCCCUGGGCCCCGCCCGCUGGGCCACAGCCGUCCUGGGAGCCUGGGUGCUGGCAGCACAGCUACCUCUGGUGGCAGAAGAGAGUCCCAGUGUGGUGGCCCUGCCCAGAGCUGUGAGCCCCUGGAAGCCAAAGCCAGAGGGGCCACCCUUUCCCAGCAAGGUCCCCGCCACUGGACCUGCCUCUCUCGGUGCCACCCCUGCCCACCCUGGGCCCUCACUUAGCGGCAGCAAUAAAUGGGGAUCACCACCCACCGUGGGAGUACUUGCACUUCAAGUGGACUCACUGUGGCCUCAUGAGGCCCCUUAGUGCAGAUAUGGCCGUGGCAGGGGUGGAGCCCCUGGGGGCCGCCAGGAGCCCAGAACCCCAUGGAAGGUGCAGUGAGGGGCCCAGGCCAAGGCGACGGCUCCUCCUGCCAGCCCCCUGGCCCGGGGCUGGGAAUUGGGGCUCCCACCCCUCCUCCUCUGGCAGUGGGCACUCCUGGGGCUUGUCCUGGGUCCCCGGGAAGGGGAGCCCCUCUGCCCUCCCUCUGGGAACCCUGACCACACCAUGGGGGAGCCAGAGCUGGUCACUGCCAGCGGGUGGCCUGGGCCCGGCCAAAGGUUACUCUUGCAGCACUGAGGUUUGUGUUCUCCUGCCCCUGCCCCUCGGGAGGGGCGAAGUGCCCAGGCGUCCGCCUCAGGGCGACAGGGCCCAGAUCCCCACGGAGAGUGGCUCCCAUCACCCCAUCUUGUUUCUCUGGCUUCUCUUUGGAGGAGAGAAAUGUAAAAUAUGCACUGAGAAAGAAGGCCAGCCCUGCCUGCUCAGCUGGGCAGCCGUGUGGGCGUUUCUGCUCCUCAGCUGGGGCUGCAGAAACCCCACCCCAAUUCCUCAAAACCACCAGCCGCAGGCCCAGAUCUGGAAGCUGGAGCCUGGGGCUGUGAUAGCACAGGUCACACCAAGUCCCACCCUCCCGCCCCCGCGCCUCUCCCAGAAGCAUGUGACAGCAAUGCCAUUUCCCAAAUUAAAUAUCAGGUUCGUGGUUUGACCAGGAAUCUUUCAGAUGCAUGAAAUUGUUUAUAUGAAUGUCUUACAGGGACACAUUCCGCAUUUACGCAUCUGGUUAAAGAAUCACCUAUAUUAAAGAGAAAAAAGUAGUUAUUUGAAACCAGGACUGUCUCCUGGGAGAGGGGACAGGGGACAUCUCCAUGUCGUGCCCACCUGCUGAAUCAGGACCGGGUGCAGGAGCCAGACCUGACCUGUGUCUGGAGUCCCACACACGGCCGCCCCAGGGCUUCGCGCCCUUCCUGUCCUGGGGAGGCUGUGCGAGUGUUGGCUUGAGUUCACCCUCAGUGUUGACAGCUCUGUGCUGAGAUUCGGAGCUUCAAACAAGUGCCAUCGCCUCAGCACAGAAGAGUUGGAUUUGGAAGGGAAGCUGGGUCACACACGGUCUGCCCUGGAGAAGUGAGCAGAGGGCAAAGGCCGGGGAGGACCCGUGGAGAUGCUGCUGAUCCAAACCCCUGGGGGCCCACACACUAUUGGGACACUAGGACCCAGCACUGAUGCGGACACAGUGCCUUCCCCCAUGACUCGGAUCAUGCCGGGCCACACAGGAAGGGGUUUCAUGCCUGAAAAUCUUUCUAGGAAAAGAUACCACCUGCAGCUAAUGGGACUCCCAACCCCACCAGGCUCCGUUCCUUUGCAGGGGUGGGCAGCCUCCCUCCUGUCCAGCGGCGACCCCAGUGUCCCCCUCAGGUUCUGGGGGACACUGGGGCUCGUGGUAAGAGCAGUAAAGGAUGCUGGCGCUGCUCAGCAUCCUGCGGCAAGGCCCCACGCUGCCUUUUCUUUCUCUUGCCGAUUGCUAACAAACCCAUUAGGAUCACAAUGAUUUUCUGAGCAAUUUACCAGUUUGUUAUUGUCGCUGCAGCUCAGCCACAUCUUUACAUGUAUACUGUGAGUGGGGACACAUGUAUCAGUUUAGAACCAUUAAAGGAACCAAUGUAUGCCACAGCUAAUCUUAAUAAACCAGAUGUUUUCUGAA